CCCAUUUUCUAUAAAUACUCAUGAAAACGUAUUUUUGCAAAGAGCUCAAGUCUUAAAAAUGGAGAGAAGAAAAAAGCUUUGGGUGCAACUGGACAAGAAUUUAAGAGCUCUAAAAGAACCGAGGAAUGUUCUCUUAGUGGGAUCUCUUGGAGUAGGAAAAUCGUCAUUUAUCAAUUCAGCCAUCACAGCUCUAACGGGGAAAUACGAUUAUUAUGCCGACAUUGGCGAUGGAAGCAAGCACCAAACAAAAUUUUUUCACAGAAUCAGCCGAGAUGACUAUUGGGAUCCUGAUGAUGAAGCAGAUAAAUGUAAACACCUCGAACUCCCAACAUUCAUUGACAUCAUUGGACUGGAUGCCCAAUUGUCUGCAUCUAAAGGGGACGAAGAAACGGUUAACAGCAUUCUGUUGCACUUGAUCAUAAACGGGAGACUACCGGAGAAUUGUGAUCUUCUGGAUGCGAGCAAAAAGCUUAAAGCCGGACAAAAAUUAAAGAAAAGGAACGAAGAGAAAAAUCUAAAAGUCGACACAGUAAUUGUUGUCAUAUCAACAGAGAAUCCAAUUAUUCCACAGUCACUUAUAGACGAAAUCUAUAGAGAGGCAAAAAUAAGAGAAAGAAAUAUCCCUGUGUUUGCUGUAUUGACAAAAGUGGACAUAAGUGGCAUGUCUGAACAGGAGUUGGAGGAUAAGAAAACCGAAAUUUGUGGGGUCAUUGGUAUCACAAAAGACAAACUGCUAGUGUGUAGGAAUUAUCAACCAGGAGACACACCAGAUAUUGAGACAGACAUCAAAAUACUGGAGUUCAUGAUUACGGUGUGUAACCCUCGCAUUCAAGCAUUCACUUAUACGAAGGUUGAAGUUGAGGAAGAUGUCAAAAUGAAGUUCUGGAAAGAAGCUAUAGCAGUAGCCUUUGUGGCAAUUAUCAUUGCUCUCUUGUAUCUAAUACAAAAGAGACUAUUUUAAACAUAAUAACAUCAGCAGUACAUAAUAAUUACAGAAAUACACAUGUACCAAAUAUAAUAAUUAUCAUUGUCUGAAAUAUAUGUACGAAUAAGUUUAAGAUUUUGUGCCCAUAUAUGUAUCAGUUUUAAACAACAUUUGUCUUUGUUCAGUGUCUUAUCAUGAGCAAAAUAAUGCAUGCAGUUCACAUUUAAUACUUUGUUUAAU